CCACGGACGCUACACACCCCCGCAUUGUUGCUUUCAGCAUGGCUUCCGGACACACUUCAGUCCAUAAAACGUUAGCUGACGCACGGAAGACCUUGGUUACUGCCGGGGCCACAAAGAAGACCAAACUCGAAAAGGGUCUCGAUGGCGUCGGCAACGCAUUCGAUAAGGUGUCCAACCCUUCAAUCGAGCUGGUAACGGGUGGCUUACCCGAUGUUGCCAAAGAGACUUGGCAAGCCCUGCAGCCCACCCUACAGGCCUGGGAGCGACGCUACAAUCUUUUGGAAAAAACGUUGGACAUGAUAUCGGACUUACACCCCGCUAUCAAAUCCGCAGUAGUCGCCUUCAAGGCUGCCAUUCAAUUCGAAAUCACUCGUCGACAAAAUGAUCGGAAGGUUGACAUCCUUAGGGUCGCGAUGAUGGAGACCAUGAAUGAACUUACAUGUUUGGAGACCUGCUUACCUCGGAAACAUGACACUGACCGUGCCACCGCCCAUGACCUUAUCCAUCAACACCUCAAGAAGAUCAUUGAGAAGAUAACGGAUGCCAUAAAGCAGUAUGUGACUGAGUGCGACAGCUUUCAGAAUCGCCACGUCGUCGUUCGUGCCGCGAAAAGUCUUGGCUGGGCGCAGAAGCUCCAAGAUUUUUCAGGCAUCGUCGAAGACGAACUCGCAGAUGAACUGAUCAAGGAUUUCGCCGUUACCGAAGCGCCAGCGGCAACUCCUUCUAAAGAUCAAGAAACGAGGGCAGCUUUCAAGGCAGAGAUCAAGCGAGACCUCAAGAGUAGCCUGGACAGCAUCCUAAUGCAGUUGAAUGGAGCAUCUCUUGCCAAGUUCAAAGGUAUCGUUCAACGAGAUGGCGACCGCGUGAUCAGCCGCAUCCUUGGUGGUCCUCAAGACAACAUUAAAGAUCCGGGUGUCUGGAAAGUAUGGUCCGAGAUGGGGUGGAAGCGCUGCGCCGAAUCGCGUCCUCUCGUGAAGGUUCUGCGGGAAUACUACGCGGAGAUCUAUGAAUCUCUGCAAGCGGGAGAUGAGGAUGCUGCGCUUGUUCUCGUGACUUCGGGAGUCCGACCUCGAUCAGCAUCCGCCGGGACCACAGUGAGACAGGCGGAUAGAAAAUUACUACCUGGCAAGAAGGCCCGUGUAUUCUCCUUAGAGGAUGGAUGGACGCUCAGGUAUAUCAACAUGCUCAGACUUAACCCUCUGCUUGAAAUGUUGGAUCGAGAUUUUUCUUCCUGGGUGACAGUGAAAGAGAUCAACACGUUCACCGGGGAUCGUCCGGAGAAAUGGAGCGUACCUCAUUGGAUGACAUAUUGGACUAUCGGUCAAGCGCUUUCUACCGCCUACUACUACGUUCAGGUUCGGCAGAUAUUGCGCAGUAUCUUGCAGUCACAGAAUUCCGUGCUCCCCUGCAAUCACGCCCUUGUCGACAUUUUCAUCAAUCGCCUGACUUACCCCGACAAUGGCCUGCAUAGGAUCCUUGCUGGUGCAUACGCGCUAGCCUGCGAAGUCACGGGCGAGUACACACAAUUCGACAAGCUUGAAGACUACGUAUUCGAGAAAGAGCAACAGUUAAGAUAUUUUCUGGAGAAGAUCGGUUACUAUCUGGAUGCUCCGAACACCGUGGCAUUACUACUCGGUUCUGAUCGUCUCGAGCAGGUGAGGAUUGUACCCUCUUAUCUAUCCCGGCAGAUAGUCGAGCUUGCCUGCAAGGUUCCUCUUCACGAACAUGAAUUGCAUUACAUGGCGAAUUCUUGUACCCAGUUAACCCAGGCAGCCGUGGAUCGAAUUGACACCAUCAAGAAAGACAUUUGCCUAGUCAACGACCUUCCCGAGAAAGAUACCUUGAAAAAAUUUGCAUCCGGACUGUAUUUCUAUCUCGCUUACUAUUCCGAGUGGGAGCUCUGCGACUAUUGCCAGAAAUACAACCCUGAGCACGAAUACCCGCCGAUUAUCAGUGGCUACAGCAAUGGUACGAAGGCCGAUGCUGCGGACGCGGCUACACCCUCUGGGAAAAUAAUACUCCGAUAUGCCAAGGAGCCAGUGGAAGUGGUGAACCUCCAGUGCUAUGAAGUACCAGCCGUCACGACUCAGGACGCAGCGAAGUUGUUCAUGCAGCCGGCGGACAUACUAACGAGCAAUAUAGCUCACUCGCUCCUCCCACUUUUUCGACCACCCGAACAUUUUUCUGGUGUCCGCGAGCCUCAAGCCCUCUGGCGUUUCGCCCGAAACGCCGUUAUGCAUAUUGUCAAGACUGCGGCAAAGCGGAUCCGUUGGGAACAUUUUCAGGCUCGUCGAGAUCUCCGGCGGCGGUAUAUUGAACUAUACUCCCGCUUGAUGGAUUCUUACUGGGUGAAGGAACGGGACUACACUCUCCUUACGAUCCUUUCCAUUUACGAGGAGGAAGAGCUUCGUGACCUCGAGUUGGCUCUCAACAAGGCCGAUGUCUGCUUUUACAAGUCGCUCGCAUAUUUCCUGAGGAGAAGUAGCAUGGUGCACCGUGCGAGCUGCGACUACUGUGGCAAAUUCCCGAUACGCCGGUCCAGAGUCAUCUGCAUCGACUGCUGCAAGUGGGCCUUCGCCCAAAAAAAUGUUGACGACUCUGUGGACUUGUGCAUCGGCUGCACGGGGCUGGAGUUCCGAGACGAAACUCACGGCCAGCAGCACAGGAGGUCUCAUCGCCUUUUACAGUUCCGGCGAUAUGUACAGAAACGGUGGAUGAAGUCGUUUAUGACGCUGGAACUGGAGGGUAUUGUAGAAAUGAACUCUGAGAGCGGAGAGGAAGAUAGCGAUGACAAGGGCGAUAUAGAGGACUCUGGCAACGAGUUCGCGGAGAGAUAUGUAGGUGCUGGUGCACCGUCGAUGACCUCUGACAUUAGUAGCGAAGACGGCGGCAACGACGCGAGUGCUGGUAAGCGUACGAAACGCAAGGUGUGUGCUCGGUGCAAGCGGGUGGUCCAAAAACCAUACUGGUACUGCUUCGACUGCUGGGGAGGAAUAUAUGUAUGCGAAGACUGCAACUUGCAAGACGACAAGGAUCGUGACACCUUGACCACUGGCUGGCAAGAUGGACCAAAAGCACAGCAAAAGCGUCGCGUUGGGGGCGCUUCGCACGAAUGGAACCAUACGAUGAUAUUUUGGCAGAAGUCUCCGGGAGCUGUGUCCGUCGGGAAUGACGAUGCGUCUGAGGAUCCCGGAGGCUCAAAGCCAUCUCUAAAGGACAAAUUGAGAGUGGUUGAGGAGCGCACCCAACGGGCGGAGGAUCUCCUCUCCGAAAUGAGGACCAUGCUUGCUACGAUAUCCAAUCACUUCCAGCUUGCGAUUCCCUCGGAGAUGAAGGCUCCUGAUCGGGAGGCUGGUGAAGUGGAACGGGAUACAGCAGAAGGCGCGCUCGACUCUUGAAACGUAGUUGUUCUUUUCGCACAUGUUUCUCCACCCAUUCACUUAUCAGACUGUUCUGCGAGCGUGCUUGCUUUGAGUCGCGGUUAUUCAAUAUGUCUCUAGCUGACUUCCCAGGCCUCUCUUCCAACGCUUGUAUUCUGUGCCCCAUAUAGGGUUAUA